CGCGAGCGAGCGACAGUCGCGCGUCGGCAACCGCUAGUAGUCUCAAUCACUGCUUGCUGUGCCGUCGUGGAGCGUUUACACCUGCGCCCGCGCAACCGUGCAACGUGAUACGGGAAAGUCGAAUAGCUCUAUUUUUUAUUUGUAUUCAAUCGGUGAUCACGCGCGCUAAUAAAAUUCCGAGGAGUUUUCGUCCUUACGCGCGUAACUAUACCGGAUAACAAAUAUAUAUAAUUAGUUGCUAGGGGCCUAUUCCAAAGAUGGAGAGUGUAUAUGCCUGGUACAGAGAUCUGUUAGACAACAGAAGUGAUCCUCGUGUGAAAGACUGGCCGAUGAUGUCUUCCCCAUGGCCCACAUUAGCCGCGUGCCUGUGUUAUGCGUUCUGCGCAAAGAAACUGGGCCCGUCGCUGAUGGCUAACCGCAAGCCGUUCGAAUUGAGAAAUACCCUUGUAAUAUACAAUUUAGCGCAAACAAUAUUCAGUGCGUGGAUAUUUUAUGAGUACAUGGCAAGUGGAUGGUGGGGUCAUUACGACUUCAGGUGUCAGCUCGUCGACUAUUCGCGGAGUCCAAGAGCUAUGAGGAUGGCGAACACGUGCUGGUGGUACUACUUCAGCAAGUUCACGGAGUUCUUCGACACGCUGUUCUUCGUGCUCCGCAAGAAGAACGAGCACGUGUCGACGCUGCACGUGAUACACCACGGUAUCAUGCCCAUGUCGGUCUGGUUCGGCUUGAAGUUUGCACCGGGUGGCCACAGUACAUUCUUCGCACUAUUGAACACGUUCGUGCACAUUGUUAUGUAUUUCUACUACAUGGUGUCGGCAAUGGGACCGAGGUACCAGAAAUAUAUCUGGUGGAAGAAGUACCUCACUGCCUUCCAAAUGGUGCAAUUCGUGCUGAUCUUCAGCCACCAGCUGCAGGUGCUGUUCCGGCCGUCGUGCCAGUACCCGCGCGUGUUCGUGUACUGGAUCGCGAUGCACGGCUUCCUCUUCCUCUUCCUCUUCACCGACUUCUACAAGGCGCGCUACAACAAGGGCGAGAGGAAGGCCAGGAUGAACGUGGGCCUGUGCAUGACGGUGUUGGACGAAAGUUCGCUGAGCGGCAAGAACGGGUACAAGCAGGAGGACUCGAGCGUGCCCAACUCGUAUGCGUCGUCCGCCGCGGACGCGUUCGUGCGGCGGCGGCCCGUCUCCUAGGCGUUUAGCUUUAAUACACACACGAUAACUUACAGUUUCGAUGCCUGCGUGCACUGUUGUGCGUUUGUUUAAGCGGAUACAGACAGACAAUAUGUUAAUAUCCUAUUUGUUGUGUGUUUAAUUCAUUUUACAUAUGAUUAAUUACAAAAAAAAAUAUGAUUUUCGAUAUGAACCAUCGAACCGUUUACGCCGCAGGGCGUGCCAAAGAAAUUUACAUACAUGUAAUAAAAAAACACUUACCUUUUUCUGGCGAGGUCGGAUAAGAAUUAUUUAUGCCAACCCGUGAUUGGAUACUGGUAUAAACAAUACAGGUAGGGGGCGGUGAAGUGUGUGUGUGUCUGCGUAAAUAAAAUGCGUGACUCGGUGCAGCUGUGCGGUAGAUGUGCGAGAUGGCUUCGAGCGCUUGACGCACUGCAAGUUGUAGCGGGGCUGUCAAUUCUCUUAGUCUAUUUAUUUAGUUCUCUCGCAACCACUCGAACGACGUCGAUCGCACAUCUCAAUUUAACAGAGUACGCAUGUUCAACUGUGAAAGGGUUCGAUGGUAAGUAGUUCAAGUCAACCAAAUAUUAAGGUAUUGUACGUGUACGUGGAACGCGAUUCCCGCAACCGACCGCGACGGUGGAGUCUUGGAUAUUCGCGAAUAUUGUAAUUUUGCAAGUGCAUCGAACACGGUCACGAUAUCGUUGCGACGUGUUGCGUCCGACUCGACGAUUGCGACACGAUCCGCGCCAUUUUAUGUUAUGCAAUUACGCUUUCGUCUCACAAACGUGAUUUUCUAAGCACAUGCCGGCCUCCCUGAUAAAACAACGGCCAUUUUAUAAUUGGCUGCGUUUCAAAUGUCAUGUGUCAUGGCCUUUACACGUGUGGGAUUGUGAAUUAUUUAAUUGUUAAUUGAUGAAAUGUUUAAAUCUUUAGUAAAUUUAUUUUCAUAAAGUAGCGAGGAAUUGAUUUUAACAGUUGCCAAACGAAAUGCUUUCGGUCUUAUUGUUACACCUUUGUGAGGAGAAGGCUAAUUACAAGGUUCUUCGAUAUUAAGAACAAACGUUUCGAACAAUACUUUCUAGAACUUUUCAAUGCACAAAGAUUUUAAACUUAAAUAUGAAUGCCUUAUAUUUUUAAGUACAAACUGAGUACUAUUAAUUGUUGAUUAAAAUGUUAUCUUCGAAUGUAUAUGCUAUAUCGGUUCUAGAUGAGGGUUUCGCGUGUUUCACGAUUGCGCUAUUAUUUUGUGAGUAUUCGUGUACGCGGUUAAGGGAAUUUUCUUUAUUGUAUUAUACACAGAUUUUAUAAUCUUGUAUUAAUUUCUUUUAGAUAACUUAUAAUUACUUGUUUACUAAAUACUUAGCUUAUUUUGUGUAAAUAUAAUUUUAUUACGAUUUAAUAAAUUAUGAAACGAUGUUACCAUACAGUCGGUUCUCAAAUCCAGUGUAGUUGUUUGAUUCUUGUCUUGUUGUUGUAUGAAAUCACCUUUACAGUCUGUGCUCAAGCAUUUUGUUUAUUAACUUGAUUGAAUUAAAAUGAAUCCACUUGUAUUAUGUUUCAUAAUCGAAACUUCAUUAUGUAUUAAUUUUAUUAUUGUUCGUAUUCACAGUUUUAAUUUUAAGUCAACUGUGCAUACCCGUAGCCUCUAUAAAUAAAAAUAGCUUGCAGUCAAAUAGGCGAUAAUGGUUGUAAAAAUAUAGAUGAUAUAUAUCACGAAAACGGGUUAAUUGGGGCUAUUGUACAUACAUGUGCGUUGUGUUAGUGUGCUCUAAUUUAUUCUGAUUCACGCACACUUACACAAAUUUACACAUUUCUAGCCUAGAAUUGAUCCGCUUUGUGACUUAAUAAUAAAAUCCAUAGAACUAAAAAUGUUGUAUAGAAAUAGAACAAAGGUAGUGUAAAUUUAAGUUUCCGUUACACUUAAGUUGUGUUUUUGUAGCGAAUUUUCAAACUGAGAAUUUCAAAUGUUUAUCUUAGUAUUGAUUUCCUUGAAAUUUUAAACAAAUAGAUACAAUUCGCACCUUGCUGACCUUGUGGCUCGUGUUAAAUGGCAGAUUAAUCAACACGUCAAGGGCUUCGUAACUAUUCUACAUAAAGUGCUAACUCGUGUAAAAUGUUCUUUGACCUUACGAAAUGCGUUUUCGAAAGUUUUCGCUACAUUCUUUCAUAUUGUAUUCUAUACAAUUACGACAUGUUGUUAAAUAGCAAGGUGAGCUGGUGGAAAUUUAUUGUAAUAAAUUUAUGUCUAUGUACAUACAGCAUCGUCACAAUUCAAAUUGGAUAGAUAAUUAUUUUGUAUGAGGCAUUUUUUUUUUCUGUGGUUCGAAGGUAUUGCCAUUCUAGUUGUGAAACUAUUCAAAAGAAUGAACGUACGGGUGUGCAUGGUAACAAUGCGGGGGCGUCAAGUCGUCAGGAGUGUUGUUAUUUUGUAAAAUGUUUUUGGUGUAUUAAUGCUUUAAGUGUUGUAUCGUGGAGACAGACAGCUUGGCGCGCGGAGGCGCGACACAGUGCUCAAACAUUAUGCAAACUCACUAUAUGGCAACCUUUAUUUAUUAUUUUAAUAAAGUAUUUUACAAUUU